GUAUUUAAUUUCUAAAUCUGUUUCCGUUGCAGUUGGUGAAUGCAUUCCCCUUCCUGUAUUACCUUCCAGGACCGCAAAACAAAAUAUUUCAAAAUCAGCGCAAAAUGGCUCAAUUUUUGCAAGAAAUAAUCACAAGUCAUAAGGAAUCAUGGGAUCCAAAUUAUACCAGGGACUUUAUUGAUGCUUUCUUAACACAACAGGAGAAGAUGAGGAACACACCGAACACAAGUUUCCUGGAGGACAAGAUGAUUACGUCAUUACUAGGCCUCUUUGCUGCAGGUACAGAGACCACGUCCACCACCAUAAACUGGGGCUUGCUGUUCAUGGUGUUACAUCCAGAUGUGCAGUCUCGGGUUCACGAGGAGAUUGACAGAGUGAUUGGGAAGGGUAGAAGGCCAAGAUUGGAAGACCGGGAGGAAAUGCCAUUCACAAACGCGGUUAUCCAUGAAACACAACGCUUAGGGAAUAUUGUUCCAAUCUCACUGCCGCAUGAAGCGUACAGAGAUACCACGGUCAUGGGAUACACCAUCCCGAAGGGAACAAUGAUCAUUCCAAACAUUUCCUCUGCCUUGCUUGAUGAAGAUAUUUGGUUGACUCCACAUCAGUUUAAUCCAGGACACUUCCUCGAUUCUGACGGGAAGUUUGUGAAGCCAGAGGCCUUCAUCCCAUUCUCGGCAGGUCAUCGUGUGUGUCUGGGGGAGCAGCUGGCAAAGACAGAGCUCUUCAUCUUCUUCACAUCCAUUCUCCAAAGAUUCACGUUGUUUCUCCCGGAAAAUGAGGCAAGACCAAGCUACAAGGAAGCGCAGUUCGGAAUUACCCUCUGCCCACUGCCCUAUCGGCUCCGUGCUAAAGCCAGAUAGGGAUAGGUAUUCACCAUCUGGGCUCAGGAGGCUUUUUGCUUUUUGGCUUUUUGAAUAGAUAUAAUGUAUUUGGUAGUUGUUUUUAUCGACCUUUAUAUAUACUUUCUUGUACUCUGUAUUCUUUUAUGUAGAAACUAAUAAAAAUAUUGAA